UUGAUGGAGAUAUAAACACACACGUCUUUCUUCCAACCGAGCGAGCGGUGGGCGAAGACGCACAGAGCAGCACCAUGACGGAGAACAAAUUCGACGUGAUUGUCAUCGGGGGAGGUAUCUCAGGCCUGUCUGCGGCCAAGCUGCUGCUGGAGUCGGGCCUGAGUCCGGUGGUGCUGGAGGCUCGGGACCGGGUCGCUGGGAGGACCUUCACCGUCCGGAACAAGGAGACCCAGUAUGUGGACCUGGGAGGGGCCUACAUCGGGCCCACGCAGAACCGCAUCCUGCGGCUGGCGAAGGAGUUCGGGGUGCAGACGUACAAGGUCAACGAGAAGGAGAACCUGGUGCACUACGUGAAGGGCAAAUCGUAUCCGUUCAAGGGCAGUUUCCCCCCCAUGUGGAACCCCCUGGCGUACAUGGACUACAACAACCUGUGGAGGAAGAUGGAUGAGAUGGGGUCAGAGAUUCCCACGGAGGCUCCAUGGCGGGCGCCCCACGCGGAGGAGUGGGACAAGAUGACCAUGAAGGAGCUGUUCGACAAGCUCUGCUGGACCAGUGCUGCCCGGCGGUUUGCCACCCUCUUCGUGAACGUGAACGUGACCUCUGAACCCCACGAGGUGUCGGCCCUCUGGUUCCUGUGGUACGUGAAGCAGUGCGGGGGCACCAUGAGGAUCUUCUCCACCACGAACGGAGGGCAGGAGAGGAAGUUCGUGGGCGGCUCCAGCCAGAUCAGCGAGCGCAUGGCGGACGUGCUGGGCUCCAGGGUGAAGCUGCAGCGCGCCGUCUACUGCAUCGACCAGACGGGGGCCGGCGUCGCGGUCAAGACCCUCAACCAGGAGACGUACGAGGCCAAAUAUGUCAUCAUCGCCACGGCACCGGCCUUGAACCUGAAGAUUCACUUUAACCCCCCCCUACCGCCGCUGAGGAACCAGCUGAUCCACCGCGUCCCCAUGGGCUCUGUGAUCAAGUGCAUGAUCUACUACCGGGAGAACUUCUGGAAGAAGAAAGGCUACUGCGGAACCAUGGUGAUCGAGGAGGAGGACGCUGCCAUUGGCCUGACACUCGAUGACACCAAACCCGACGGGACCUCCCCGGCGAUAAUGGGGUUCAUCCUCGCCCGAAAAGCCAGGAAGCUAGCGGGCCUGACCAAGGAAGAGAGGAAACGGAGGAUCGCUGAAAUAUAUUCCAGAGUUCUGGGCUCAGAAGAGGCACUGCACCCCGUACACUACGAGGAGAAGAACUGGUGUGAGGAAGAAUACUCUGGAGGCUGCUACACGGUCUACUACCCCCCCGGCAUCCUCACGCAGUUCGGGAAGGUGCUGCGGGAGCCCGUGGGCAGGCUGUUCUUCGCGGGGACCGAGACGGCCACGGAGUGGAGUGGGUACAUGGAGGGAGCCGUGCAGGCCGGCGAAAGAGCCGCCCGAGAGAUCCUGUGUAAAAUGGGUCACAUCACCCACAGUGAGAUUUGGCAGGACGAGCCCCAGUCUCAGGAGGUCCCAGCCCUGCCUUUCACCACUACCUUCUGGGAGAGGAAUCUGCCAUCCGUUCCCGGCUUCCUGAAGUUCAUGGGCCUGUCCUCCUUCUUGGCAUUGGGCACAGCAGGCUUUGUGGCCUGCAAGAAGGGUCUUUUACCCAAGAGCUAAGGUUUUCCACAUUGCCAUAUUUCUGUCCUGGGCCUUGACCAAGACUGUUCUUCCCCCCCCCACCUCCCCCCACACCUUAGAAUCUCUUGAUUGAGGUUCCAGGGCUGGCUGGAAAAUCCCAGUCUUUUUAGAUGAUUUAGUUCACACACGAUCAUGCAGUUAACGGCUUAAGUUGUAAACACAUUUCAUUCAAAUCCAUAGUGUCAAUUCUAAGCCACGUUUUAAGGAAAGCACUGUUUUAAAGAAAACAUAAUCGCUUGGUUUUAUCAUAAAGGUAAUUCACUAAGGUAGCCUACAGACCCCUGUUUACAGACUAGCGUGUGUGUGAAUGCCUUGUGUGGUGAUUUUUACCGCCCAUUUGAGCCAAAAGCAUCUGGGAAUCAGAUGUAUCAUAUUUCAAUCAAAAGUGACGAGAGAACAUAUUUCCUUAAAACUAUGAAUGAGACCAAUCACUUUCAGCACUUUCCCUAUGCAUUGACAUAUAGAUUAAUCAUAAAUCAUAACCUUAGCCAAACCACAAAUAUGGCUGUGACUGACCGGUCCAGUUACCUUUUUUAAUUGUAGGUGCUUUAUCUCCUUAUGGUUCACGUGUCCCCUGACGACCCGAACGGUGAAUGCAAGCUUUUCCGAAGCAUCGCUGUGGUAGGCCGUCGUGAGACCCAAUUUUGAGGACAAUGAAAAUAACGUGUUAAUGAUACUUUGUGCAACGAUACGAUUUUGUUUUUCCUCUACACAACCGAAGCUUUUCGCAAAAGAAAGCAUUUUUGAAUGUAGCGAGCAGAUUAGUC